AUCAAACCCAAACACCCUAGAUACUACCUUGUUAUGAUUAGACUAGAGGGUACCACUUUUGUUUCAUAGUGGUUAGGUUACAUAGUUGAACCGAUACUAAACUCUCCAAAAUAACGAGGUAAUCAAUGGUUAGAUAUUUGCAUCUCUUUCCUCAAGUUGGCCACUUCCAAAUUCUUAUCCCUCCACCUCUUCACUUAGUCACUCUGCCUCUUCGCAACAUCUGUUUUUUCCCCCUAUAUAUACCGCCAUUACAACACUCCACAACCACCAUCUCUGCCAUCAAUCUCCCUCUUACUUCCCUUCUGCAAUUCCCACUUCCCAACUCCCCCUUCUUCCAUAACAAGAGUUCCGAAAUUGGAAAGUGAGAAGAAUCGUAAUGGGCAUGGGAAUGAACAACCCUCUGCAGCUCAAAUCGCUGAAUCACAUCUCCCUCGUCUGUCGAUCCGUCGAGAAAUCCCUCGAUUUCUACCAGCACGUCCUUGGCUUCUUCCCCAUCCGCCGCCCUGGCUCCUUCGACUUCGACGGCGCCUGGCUGUUUGGUUACGGAAUCGGAAUCCAUUUGCUUCAGUCCGAAGACCCAGAAAGCAUGCCGAAGAUCAGCGAAAUCAACCCUAAAGACAACCACAUCUCAUUCCAAUGCGAGAGCAUGGCGAUGGUGGAGAAGAAGCUGAAGGAUAUGGAGAUCGAGUACGUGAAAGGCAGGGUAGAGGAAGGAGGAAUCUACGUCGAUCAGAUAUUCUUCCACGACCCAAAUGGCUCCAUGAUUGAAAUCUGCAACUGCGAUAAUCUCCCUGUAGUUCCGCUAGCAGGAGAGGCCAUUCGUUCAUGCUCUCUCAUCAACUGCACCAUCCAGCAGCAGCAGCAGGAACAGAGCUUGCUGAACCAGCUCUGCAAAUGAACAUUCGAUUCAACCGUACCCUACUCGCUGAUGUAUAUGUAAUGUAAUUUCUGUUGUAGAAUUGUAAGAAUUUGUCCCAUGUCUGUCCUCUGUUGACAAGCAGCUGGGGGAGGUAGGGAAGGAAUUCGAUAACCCAUCGAAGCUUUUCCCCCACCAUUAAAGCUGAUGGGAUGAUACAGGCAGAUUCCGGGGUUCAAAUUGAAUAAUUGUAUCGAUUGAGACUUUUGGGUAGUUGAGAUGACGAGCCAUUAAUCGAAUCCUGGACGAAAAGAUUUCAUCUUUACUGAGCAGAAGGUACGAGAAGCAGGGGAGGAGAGGUGGGAAAGACAAUAAUUGAGAGAGAGCUUCAUUUGUCGUAUUUUGAGCUUCAUGUUUGUCCUACGCAAUUCGUCGAACACUUGGUGGGAGGGUCCUACUUUGCUACUACUAUACUCCAUUACGUACCUUCCAUCUCUAC